AUGUGGAUUAAUCGGUCUUCAGCUGGAUCAGCUGAAGAAGAUUUUCAUGUGGAACUAAUGGGUCUCGGAUGUCCCAUUCACGCUCAACGGAACGAACAUAUCCGAAUGCACCAGCUACGUUUAUCUGGGUCGGGAAUUGAAAACGGUGAACGACCUGACCCCGAGCUGGGCAGGAGGAGACGUGCGGCUUGGGGAGCGUAUACGAGCAUUGAGGAUGUAGUGAAGAAGACCAGAAACACCCGGCUCCGUGCUCACCUCUUUAAACCACAGUACCUCAUGCUUUGA